GAGCUCUACUUUCAGACGCAUUUCGGACUGAUCGUGCGUUGUACUGCGUUUGACGGAGUCACUAAAAAUUCAUUGACACUGUAUCUUCAGACUAUUUAGAAUUGUACUGAAGUGCGGGCUAGCAGGGCUAGCAGCCGUAGUAUUCUCGCAGAAGUGAUCGUGGCAUAAGAACCCGGAACGGUCGAACUUAUGAAAUUUGGUCCCUCUGUGAUGAGUAGUGAGUUCUGGAAGAAUAGUGAGCUCUGGAGCUAGUGAACAUUACCAAAGGAAUUAUCUAGAAAGUAUUGAAAGAUCGUGUUCAAAACUAGUGAACUGAUAGAAAAAAGUAACAGUUUCCUGUGAUUCCUGCACCAAGCAGUGGUUUUGGCUUCUAAAAAGAGGGUGUAUAAAAGAUUCAAACAUGACAAAUUUGAAUACCAACAAGGAACUUACAACAUUCAAGACUGAGGAGAAGGCUCCAGAAACAGUUGCAGAUGCUAAAGAUAAACACAAACCUCUCGGAUUGGGAGGUAAAGCGGUUUUUAGACAGGUUGCAAUGGUAGUCCUAGCGAAUUUAGGUGUUUUCUCUGGAGGUAUGGCGCUAGGAUACCCGGCGGUAACAUUGAAAGAACUUACAGACACAACUCGGCCACUUUACUUGACUGCCAGUCAGGCCUCAUGGUUCGCUUCAAUCAAUGCGAUAUCGUGUCCAUUAGGUGGCCUUCUGAGUGGUUACUUAUUAGAUAAAGUCGGUCGUAAAAGGACUUUCUUCACCAUAAAUUUCACAGCUUUUAUCUCGUGGCUGCUACUGGCACUGACAACGGAAACAAGUCAGACGGCAAUGUUUAUUCAAAUUAUGAUAGCGCGGUUUAUAAUAGGUAUCACAACUGGAUUAUCCAGCUCACCCGUUGGUGUGUAUUCUGCAGAAAUAUGCCACCCUAGACUUAGGGGCCGGUUAACAUUGGGAACAUCCGUAUCAACAGCAGCUGGUAUUCUGGCGAUCUAUACUUUAGGCUACGUCAUUAGGGAUAAUUUUAGGAUGAUAAGUGCCAUUGCUUGUGGAUACUCAGUGAUUGCCACAAUCCUGACAAUUCCGGUCCCAGAAUCCCCAAGCUGGUUGAUGAUGAAGGGUCGUUCGGAAGAGUCCAAACAUGCGCUGAGAUUUUUCAGAGCACUCAAAGAAGAUGAAAUCGAGAAAAAUGAGGAAUUCAACAAAGAAUUCAGCAUCCUAACGAAAUCAGCAACCCCCAGUGGCAAUAAAAAGGACCAGAAAGUAUCCAAAAUCAUCCAGCGACCGGAAAUCUACAAACCCCUCUUAAUAAUGAUUGGAUUAUUCGGAUUUCAACAGUUCUCAGGAAUUUUCGUUGUCAUUGUUUACGCGGUGCAAUUCUCAAUUGAAGCUGGAGUUACUGUGGAUCCAAUAAUUUGUGCCAUGCUCGUCGGGUUAACACGUAUUACGACGACAUUUUUAGUUGGAUACAUUUUGGAUAAAUGGGGUCGCCGUCCACCAGCAAUGCUUUCUGGAUUCGGAAUGAUGAUCAGUAUGUUCGUAUUAGCGGCGACGAGUUGGUUCCCGGAAUUCAAGGUCCCUUAUCUGCCGGUGGCUUGCAUUGUCUUCUUUAUUUUCACAAGCACCCUAGGAUUAAUGACGUUGCCUUUUUCAAUGAUCUCCGAGGUCUACCCACAAGUCGGAAGAGGAUUUGCAGCUGGACUGACAAUUUGUUGUGGGUACCUUAUGUCGUUUAUUAUUAUCAAACUAUAUCCCACGAUGGUUAGCGGAAUGGGAAAUGAAAAUGUUUUUGCAUUCUAUGGAGUCGUUUCGGGACUUGCAGUAUUUUAUGUCUACUUCUUUUUGCCCGAGACAAAAGGCAAGACUUUACAUGAAAUUGAGGCGUAUUUCAGGAAUGAAAAGAAAGUUGAGGGUGACAAGAACCCGGUAUGAUGAAAUUAGGGUCUAGCCAAUAAAUUAAGGUCAGAACUCACAUUUUGAAAAUUUGAAAUCAAUGAGUACUUUCCUGUAAAAGAAAUAAAUAAUAUAAUUAAGUCUGUGAUAUGAUUGUACUUGAGUCCACUUAAGAAAUGUUUACUUAGAAAAUGAUAGCUUCAAGACAAUAGAAAAAAUUUGCAAAAUAGAAACAAAUACAAUUUUUUAAA